AAAAAUUAGUUAAUCUAGUUACCAAUGAAGCCAAUCAGCUAAAUCCUUCCUACUCUCCUGUAUAUAUAAACAUCACAACUCAACGCUUCAUUUAUAAUAAAAAAGAAAAACAAAACACACCUAACUCUUGAAAAAAAACAAUCAAAACAAAAUACAAUAUGUACUCUUCAUGUUCUCUUUUACAACGUCUCGUUUGGUUCCCUUUCUUAGCCUUGGUGGCCACACAACUCCUAUUUAUACGCAAUGUUUCGUCCCUGAACCUCACCAAUGAGUAUCUGCAUCACAAAUGUCUCGUUAGUGAAGGGAAAUAUAAACCAGGAAGCAAGUACGAGUAUAUCCUUAACGAUUACAUCCGUUUUCUCGCAGCCGGAAAUUUUCGCUCAGGUUCCAUGCACAUGACUAGUGGUCUAAAACCCAAUGCUGUAACCAUUCUCUACCAGUGCAGCGGUGACUCCUAUAAUUCUAAGUGCCGCUCUUGCUAUGCUGCCGGCAUCUCCGGGCUUCGUAGGCGAUGUCCGAGAAACAAAGGUGGGAUAAUAUGGUUCGAUCAGUGUUUUGUUGAGAUUACUUCAAUCAGUGUCAUCGACUUCAACAUCUCAAAGAUCAAUUACGAGAACAAUUUCCCCUUACACAACCCGAACAGGGUAAGUGGCAAUAUAAAGUCAUUCAACAAUGAGACAAUGGCUCUCCUCAAAGAGUUGGCGUUGAAAGCAAAUAAUAAAGACAACAUGGACAAUGGCAAGAUGGCACUGUACGCAUCAGGGGAGAAGAGGGUCGGGACAAAGAAGGUGUACGCAAUGGUUCAGUGUAUGAGAGAUCUAGUUAAGCCUAAGAUGUGUAAGGAGUGUUUGGAAAGCAUUAUAAAGGAGUUUCCCGAGUGUUGCGACGGUAAACAAGGAGGGAGGAUUUUGGGUACGAGCUGUGAUUUUAGGUAUGAACUUUACCCUUUUCUAAGGACUUCAGAUUCAAAAACUGUUUGAUGACGAUGCACAACACAUUCUCUUGACACCUUACUUAUUUUACUUCAGUUCCGGUUUUUUGAGCUUUUUACUAGUUUUUAUUUAUAUUGUUUAUUCUUGGAUUUCCCUUUGUGCUGGUUUAGAUCACAUGUGCCUAUGACUAAGAUCCCAAGCUGUGUUUUUCCUCACUCUUUAUUUGGUUAUUAAUUACAGUUGUUGGCUAUGAAUAAGAAGCUCUAUUAUUC